AUGGCCUCAAUUGCCGACACUUGUGCCACGCCGCUGGCCCGUAUAAAAGUGGCCGAGGCAGCCACACUGUACCACGGCAAAAUGCUUCGUCUGGCUGUGCUCUGUCUCGCGCUGGGCGUUGCCCUCGCCAAGCCGCCGCCUCCCACGGGGAGAGCCGGCUCCGAGUCGGUGCCUCCUCCAGAACCUCGCCUGCAGGAGUCGGCGCCUCCUCCGGAGCCGCGCCACGCCCUGCCGCUGCCGCCGCCCGACUCUGAAGACAGAGCCACGUAUUCGCUCCAGCCUGGCACGUACUUCAUCACGUCACCCGGCUACCCCGGGCGGUACCCCAACAAUGCUGGAUUCAGCUACACCCUGCGUGGCACCCGGAGUCAAGUGCUCGAAAUUAGCUGUUCCACAUUCAGCGUCGAGGGUCACAGUACCUGCGACUAUGACUAUCUCUCCAUCAACAAUGCCAAGUACUGCGGCAACCUCGGUAGCAUCAACGCCGUCAGUGGCUCCACGCUGCAGGUUGUCUUCAGAUCCGACGAGAGCGUCAGGCGAACCGGGUUCUACUGUCUGAUCACCGUCCCAGAGGGUGGCGGACCGGCCGCAACAACGCCUGCGACAACGGCUGCGACAACGGCUGCCACCACGCAGGCGCCAUCCGGGGGCCAGUGUUGCGGCGUCCCCAACAGAGCGUCGCGCAUCGUCGGCGGCGUCCAGACCGAGGUCAACGAGUACCCCUGGCAGGCGGGUCUGGUGAGCCCCGGCGGCACCCGAACCUACUGCGGCGGCACCGUCAUCAACAACCGGUACGUGCUGACGGCAGCUCACUGCACUGCAGGCUCCUCUGCGUCCCGGAUUCAGGUGCUGCUUCGGGAGCACAGGAUCGGCACCUCGGAUGGUGAGCUCCGCUUCAGCGUCUCCCAGAUCAUUGACCACCCCGCUUAUUCAUCCGCCUCCUCGUCCGGCUACGACUUCUCCCUGCUUAAGCUGUCCACGACCAUCAACUUCUCGGCUCUGAACAACAAGGUGGCGCCGGCGUGCCUGCCUUCCAGCGGAGACUUUGUCAACGUGGACGCCGUCGUCAGCGGCUGGGGCACGACCUCCUCGGGCGGCUCGCAGGCCACGGCCCUGCGUGAGGUCACCGUGCGCACCCAGUCCAACAAUCAGUGCAGACAGGCGUACAGCACGAUCAACGACAGCAUGCUGUGCGCCGGCGUCAGCGGCGGCGGCAAGGACUCUUGCCAGGGCGACAGCGGCGGCCCGCUGGUCACGCUGGUCGGAGGUCGCUACAACCUGAUCGGGGUGGUCUCCUGGGGCAGCGGCUGCGCUCUGGCCAACUACCCGGGUGUCUACGCCAGGGUCACGUACGUCAAAACCUGGAUUGACAACAACACCAGGGACGCCAGUCUCUGCUGAAGAAGCAGCGCCAGGCCCGUCGGAAGACAGCGGAGGCCAGCAAACGUCCUUCUCACCCGUCUCUAAAUUUCCAGUGGAAGGAAGACGAUUUGGGAUCGGGGAGGACCACGCCAUCGGUGGACUCCGUUAUUUCAGACACGAACUUGGUAGCACGUGGCCACGACAACGAUGAACGCGAUCAGUUUAGGACUUUAUACAGUCCACCAUUUUCUUUAAACUGCUCUGAUGCACUUGGGAACGUAUGAUUCAAAUCCGGAAACUUUGCUGUGUUCAUGGUGAAGGGAGCAGUAACUUAUUCGAAUAUACUCUGGCGAAGCAA